AUGGAAACGAACACAAACCGCCCCAUUUGCUCAAACUGCAACUCAGACGGUCGUCAUAUUUCGUUAAAAAUCUCGGAUUUCCAAUUCGCAUCCACACUCGUCUCCUCUGUGGAAAGAAAUGGAGGACAAAGAGGUUUUGACCGAUGAAGGCCACAGCAAAAAUCCCCCCAAAACCUCAAAUUCUGACAAGUUAAACACCUCUGUGAAGGAUGACUCUCAGGAAGAAAUGAAAACUUUCCAAAGAUUGUCUCUUGGAGGGAAGGAAAACUCCUUGUGGCCACGGAUGACAGCGGCGUUCCUCAGGGAUCUUUGUAAGCAGAACAAACUCUACAUGACACCCCACCUGAACGACACAUUGUAUCUGCAUUUCAAGGGUUUCUCCAGAAUUGAGAACCUAGAGGAAUACACAGGCCUGAAGUCUCUCUGGCUCCAUAACAAUGCCCUGGAGCGCAUCGAGAACCUGGAUGCCCAAACUGAUCUGCGCUGCUUGUUCCUCAAUGAUAAUCAAAUAUUGAAACUGGAAAACCUCCAACCACUGACCAAGCUGUGCACCCUGAACGUGUCCAACAACUACAUUUCUGUUUUAGAGAACCUCGCCUACCUUCCCAGAUUAAGCACCCUGCAGGUCGCCCACAACAAGUUGGAAACUUUGGAGGAUGUAGCCCAUUUGCGUCAAUGCCUGGCUAUUUCUGUACUGGACUUGUCCUACAACAGCUUGCAUGAUCCGGAGAUUGUCUGUGUACUCGAGGCGAUGCCAGAACUGCGGGUUCUCUAUCUGAUGGGAAACGAGGUGGUGAGGAAGAUCCCAAACUACCGAAGGAGCUUGAUAGCUCGCUUGAAGCAGCUCACCUUCCUUGAUGUCCGCCCAGUGUUUCCCAGAGAUCGGGCCUGUGCGGAGGCGUGGGCAGCAGGAGGGCCGGAGGCGGAGCGGAGGGUGAUGGAGCAGUGGGAAACCAAAGAGAGGAAGAAGAUCCAGAAGAACUUGGAAGAAAUGGCAAUGAUGAGACAGCAGGCCCAGGAGAGACGUUCCCUUCAAGAGCUGCAGGAACAAGGUGAAAGCCUGAAGGCCAUAACCCCAGAAAGCACAUGUGAGGAACACAGCAGUGGCACGUCAGCUUCUUCUGCACAAGAGGAGGCCUUGGGGGUUCCUCCAGUUCAUGUUGCCGGACCACUGGUCACAAAUCUGGAUGACGAGGAGCAGCUGGAAACCAUUCACCUUGAAGAUAUUCCAUCACUGUGUGUCGAUGACCUGCCAGAUCUAGAAGAUGAUGAUGAGGAAGAUGAUGAGGAGGAGGAAGAGGAAGAGGAAGAGGAGGAGGUGGAGAUUUCUUCCCAGCAGGCGUUCAGACCCAAAAUAGAAAUCAUUUCCGGAGACGAUGAUGAAGAGCAUCCAAAAGAAAACAACAACGCGGGCACAGCUGCCUUUGGUCCAGAUGAAAAGGUGACCAAGAAAGGUGUGUCCUUGGACUCUUCAUCACUGCUCUGUUUAAAGGAGGAAAAGCUGAAUCCCAUGAAGAAUCCUGAAGCAAGACUCAAACCAGCUUCAUGCCCCUGCCUCAUCGAAGAGCUGGACUAACGCUUUGAAUCGAAGAAGGAAAAGUAAAAUAACAGAACAGCAUUGCCGUUAAAAUCCUUCAUUUGCCGCUAAUAAAACUAGAAAAUAAAUUUUUAUGCA